AUGAAACAUCUCUUCACAAUUCACAAGCCGACCGGCGCGACAGCAACAAAGACUCGCCAUGUCCUCACAUCAAUCAGGAAGCGCACCGUUGGGAAAUUUAGGGGUUCGCAUAUAAACAGAAAGCCUCCUUCGGAUAUUGUGGAUAACUCUUCUUGUACUCUUCUUCAACUUCCUGAAGAACUACAAGUCGAGAUUUUCUCUUACGCCUGUACAAGUGAAGAAAAUAUCAAACCUUGGAGUGAACUCUCGGAGCAGGGGUUCUGGUUUCUGCAAGCCAACGCGAACCUUCGCACGCUUACGCUGGAGCUCCGAAAUCCAGUCAUUGCAUUGUAUCAAACUCAUAAUCCACCCCCUCCAAAUGAUCAUUUUGUAGGAUGUGUUCCUGGGUAUUGGUUAAUCAUUGAGCUUCGCAACUUGGAGAAUCUCACAAUUGACCGAGGGGAGAGCAGUGUCUGGCAACUUGAAAGGGUUGAGUUUGGUGAACGGCAGUUUAUACAAUAUCCUAGUCCAGAGUCCAUGGUCGAGGGAGAACAAGUGCUAACGGACCUUGAGAGGGAAAUGUAUGAGAAAGUGACGCUCACAGAUAGGCCGACAGGGGUGCCUUUUUGGUGCAACAAGGACGAGGAAGUCCCCGAGGAACAGAAAUUCGCACCAAAAUUCAAUAUAACCACGAGAAGCAAGAGGUUACCUGGGGGUUCGUUUAUAGAAUAG